ACGAUGUGCCGCGUGUCGGAGGCGGCGAAAGACAUCAGCAUCGGCGUGUCCGUGUUCACGCUGACGGCGUUGUCGGCGGACCGGUAUUUCGCGAUCGUGGACCCGCUCAGGAAGCUGCACGCCACGGGCGGUAGCAAACGUGCUACUAGACUGACGGUGGCCACUGCGAUCGGCAUCUGGUUGCUGGCAGCGCUGCUCGCCACGCCGGCUUAUGUCGGCUCGUAUGUGAGGACCUUUGUCGUCAAUCCUACUACACAGUUCCUGGUAUGCUACCCGUACCCCCCGGACUGGGGCGAGACGUACCCCUCCACGAUGGUGCUGCUCCGCUUCCUCGUGUACUACUCGCUGCCGCUGGCCGUCAUCGCGCUGUUCUACAUCCUGAUGGCGCGCCAUCUGGUGCUGAGCACGCAGAACAUGCCGGGGGAGAUGCAGGGGACCCAGAGACAGAUGCGAGCCCGGAGGAAAGUGGCGCUGACAGUCCUCGCUUUCGUUCUGGUGUUCGCCGCCUGUUUCCUACCCUCGCACGUCUUCAUGAUGUGGUUUUAUUACUGCCCAACAGCCCAGGAGGACUACAACGGUUGGUGGCACGCUCUUCGUAUCAUCGGCUUCUGCUUCUCCUUUCUGAACAGCUGUGUCAACCCCAUCGCCCUCUACUGCACCAGUGGCAUUUUCAGGAAGCACUUCAAUAGAUACCUGCUGUGCCGCGGCGGCUCUGCCCGAGGAACUCGGGGCUCCAUGUCUCUCUCCACGUCACGGAGACUGACCUCCAGCAGAAAAACCAACAUCAGCAUGGUGCCAAGGACGACCAGCGUCAACCGCGACAGCAGCAUCCGCCUCAUCAGCAACGGCUCCUCGAAGCUCUGAGGAAGGACCGGCCGACCCCCGGCCAACAAUAACGUCAGGAACGACUUCAAGAACUACUUCAAGAGCGACAGUCUCGCGCCAUUCCCGAAAUGUUGCGAGAACGAGAACGGGACGCAUAUGGAGACCAAUGUGGAUGCGAAAAGCAGUACCGAGAGCUUUUAUAUGAGUGCGGAAUUUAGGAGGUCCAGAU